ACCGUAGUGGCGGUUCCAGCCCGAAUACAGUUUUCAAACUCUUGUGAUAUGCAAACAAGUGUUGUAAGAAAGUGAAGAUAUUACUAUUCAAAUUAUUCUCUUAACAAAACCCACUUUGGUGCCUUAACCCAAGAUUGGCUUUGUCUAUAAAAUUUACGUGCUGCUAUGGAGGAGGUGACCCGGUUGGUGUCAUCAGGCGACUGCCUGAAGAUCUGGGAUUCCACCUCCAUGAGUGUAGUGGAGCAGUUCAACCCUCACAGUGCCAGCCAUCCUCUAGCACAGGUGUGCUGGAGCAGCAGCAAUCAGUACAUUGUCAGUGCCAGCAGUAUAGGAGACAAGCUGGUAGUGACCAGCCUGAAGUCCUCACCAGUGCCAGUGAUGGAGCUUGCAGAAGGGAAAAAACAGACAAGAGUCGCACUAAAUUCAACAUCCCAGUUCCUGGUCAGUGGGGGAUUGGAUAACACGGUCAACAUCUGGGACCUGAAGACAAAGAGAUUACAUCGCAGCCUCAAGGACCAUAAGGAGGAAGUGACGUGCGUGUCCUUCAAUGGUGGCGAUAGUUACAUAGCAUCUGGUUCCACCAGUGGGGACAUCAUCCUCCACAGCAUUACCACCAACCUGUCCAGCAAAGCCUUUGGACAUGGGCCCAAUGAGCCUGUCCACGACUUGAAGUACUCGCUGAUCAAGCGUUCUCUCUUGGGGAGUGUGUCAGACAGCGGCUCGGUGGUACUGUGGGACGCAAACACACAAAAGGAACUACACAUGUUUGAAGGAGCACACAAAGCUCCUGCUUCAGGCCUGACCUUUUCUCCAGCCAAUGACCUGCUCUUUAUUACAGUGGGGUUGGAUAAGAAGAUUGUCUGCUAUGACACAUCCAGCAAAGUUAUUUUCCGGAGUAAACAGGUUGAGUCCCCGCUCACGGCUGUAGACUUCACUCCGGAUGGAGCAGGGCUUGUAGUGGGCUCCACCCAGGGACGGAUCUACAUGUAUGACCUACGUAAUCUAAGCGCUCCUAUCAAGACCACCACUGCUCACAAGACCUCAGUCACGUGUAUCCGCUUCCAGCACUCCAACACCAGGCUAAAGACUAGUAAAACCGCCUCUGGCAAGACUUCUUCCUCGCAGUCCAAUAAGAGAAUCUCUGUAAAGCUGGGGCAGAAUCAACAGAGCGGCCCUCCUACAACAACCUCCUCAGUUCCUGCUGUCCCCGAUCAGCAGCCAGUAAGCCGAGGAGACGGACAGGCUCACAUCCUAGGCGAGUGUUCUGAGCUGCCAUCCAGAGAGGCUGAAGGCCAGCACACUCUGGAUAAGUUCAACAGCGUGGGCCGAAACAGCCUGAACCUAGACAUUUUCUCACCAGUAACUGAUGGGUUGAAAACGCAUGGCUUCACUAGUGAUACUCCAACGUCAAGAAGUGGAGGCAGUGCUGAAGUGUUCUCCAGAGAAGCUGAAGGGCAACACAGUUCAGACAAGUUUAGGGUGGCUCGCAACAGCCUGGACAUUUUUUCUCCUGUCCGAGAUGAUUACAAAGGUCACAGACUCAGCGAUACCUCAAGUGGAAAGCAAGAUUUAGAUUUCUUACCUCAGCACGGUUCAGCCCAGCGUAAGAACCCGCUGGGUACACCUGGUGCUCGCUGCUACAGUCCUCUGUCUGCUGUCCACACACCACCUGCAAUCAAAGAGGAGGAACCAGUGAUCACGUCACCUACACAUGCGGACACGCAGAAUAACUUGGUGGAGAAGACUAAUUAUCCGAGACCGAAUGCUCUGACCACACUCCCUGCUUCUCAGAGUACACACAUCCAAUCAGUGCCUUCAUUCAACAGUCCUGAGCCCAGUCAGAGGAAGGAAGUGCCAGCUCAGCUCACCUACGAUUCACCAGUGUGUAGCAGUCAACCUGUAGCUGAGCCAGCAGCCGCAGCAGACGCGUCUGGUGCUGUCAGUAGUGGAGCACCACUCACCUCUGUCCAGAUGAAGUUUGUGCGCAACAUGAUCCAUGAAGCUCUAGAAGAUUUCAGAGACACGUGCCAUAGGGAUAUCAUCAAUCUCCAAGUGGAAAUGGUGCGGCAGUUCUACAUCCAGCUGAAUGAAAUCCAUGGGCUCAUUGAGAGAUACUCUGUGAAUGAGAGUCUUGUGGAGGAGAUCGAGAAGCUGAAGGAGGAAAACAGACGACUCCGAGCUAAUUACUAAGAAGCAUGUGGCUACCUGUUUGACAUGUAGAGUGAAUCCCUUGUGCUCAGUACAGAUUUAGGCCUAAGACGUGUGGUAGCACUAGCCAUAGUAGGUGAAGGAGGACAUGGAGAUUGUUUGACCUUCCUGCUGAUGUCUCACUAUGCACUCAUACCCUGAGGACCAGCACACACAGCCCGUUUUGUAUUUAUCACCAGCACACAUUAAGGCUACACCAUGUAUGUGCCUUAAAACGAGAGAUUAUUAUGAAGCUUUUCUCUCCAUUUUGUGCAUAUUUUACAACAGAUCAUUUGUAAUAAGUCAUAUGAGGGCUUACAUAUUUAAUAGGUAACAAGGUUAUAUGAUAAACCUAUAGCCAAUAUUAAUUACUUUUUAUAGUAAAUUAGAUACAUAUAGUGGACAUCAGUACUGACAGUCCUGUCAAUACCAAGUCUGUUGUCAUGGCAGCAUGAGAAGGGGAGGGGAAUCAAAAGAUUGAUCGGUUUAAUUUGAUUGAACUUUUGUAGUAGUCAAAAACCAUUUGUAUCUUGAAUAAAUUAUUGCAUUGAA